AUGUUCUUUUCAGCUUCUACGACCUCAUCAUCACUUUUUGGAUCAUCUACCACAGGCACGGCUGCGACCACAGCGUCUUCCAUUUUUGGAGGUUCAGCCACAACGGGAACGUCGUUAUUCGGAGGCGGCGGUACAACAUCUGGUGGCUCUCUAUUUGGCUCGUCCACAAGCAAUACUUCUGCUGCUCCGUCACUUUUUGGUUCGUCAACCACAACGUCUACAGCCGGUUCAUCACUAUUUGGAGCAAAACCUGCAGGCUCAUCAGUGUUCGGCUCAGCUGCCACAACGACUUCAGGUUCUAGUCUCUUUGGCAGCACCUCGAAUGGCCCAACGACUAAUGCAUCUGUAUUCAAUGCCACAACAAGUGCACCAGUAGGAACUAGUAUUUUUGGAGCAUCUACUAAUGCCACCAACGCUGGAUCGUCCUUAUUCGGUUCAACAACUACUUCUAGCGGUCUCUUUGGUGCCCCAACAACGACUACUGCGUCUACGGGACUUUUUGGUGCAUCAAAGCCGACAUUCGGUGCUGCCACCACUAGCACAACGUCAUUAUUCGGAUCAACCAGCAAUGCUGUACCUUCAACAGGCUUGUUUGGUGCCCCUUCGACCACUACAGCUUCACUUCUCGGAGGGACAGCAACUACAUCUUCAGCAGGUCUGUUUGGAGCAGCCCCUGCAGCUACAACUACAACUUCGCUGUUUGGUGCUCCCGCGACAACCACGUCGACGCUCAUGUUCGGAACGUCCACGACUACAAAGACACCUACAACCGGGUCAUUGUUUGGAGCCACUCCUGCUCCGUCUCUAUUCGGUGCAGCUACAACGACAGCUUCGGGAACUUCACUUUUUGGUUCGCAGCAAUCAACUGCCACAUCCGCGCCGUCAUUGUUUGGUGCGACAACCACGACCGCUUCAGCUGCUCCAUCGCUUUUUGGAAGUUCGACAACAACAGCUCCAUCUCUGUUUGGCUCUGCAACAACGACUAGUGCCACUCCGUCGUUUGGCUUAGCUACAACGACAUCCAGUGCCCCAUCACUUUUUGGUGCAACCACAUCAGCAACAACUGCUGCUGCUCCACUUACUUUUGGUUCGUUGGCCGCAACGACGGCGGCUACUCAACCAACUCCUCUUUUCGGAGCCUCGACUACAGCGACAACGUCUGCUACACCAUCGCUCUUUGGCGCUACACCGUCUACUACAGGCGCUGCUGCACCUUCGCUAUUCGGUGCAGGUGCUACUACAGCUACACCUUCACUUUUUGGCUCAACUGCAACGACAACAGCUUCCACAUCCCUCCUUGGCGCGACAACCACAUCUGCACCUUCAUUAUUCGGUACCGUGACGUCAAACACCGCCACUACCCAAGCAACACCUCUUUUUGGUACUUCUGCCGCUACAACCUCUACAGCAGCACCAACUACAGCCGCGACUUCCUCUGCCACCACCACUGCCUCCACUACUGCUGGGGGACUGUUGUUCGCAACGUCUCUGGGAGGUGAGAGUUGCAAAAAAAAAGUACCCCUCGAUGAGAAGGAAAACUUACGCGAUGGGAUCGUGCCAAAGCCUAUCCGUGAGGUCGCCAUACAAGAAAAACUGAAGGAGAAUAGAAAAUUGGCAGAAGAGUUCACGGCGAAUUCCAGUGACACGACAAUCAAAGUGAAAGAUCAGAUCAAGGAGGUAAUUGGCUUCUAUUUCGCUUUCAUCCUUUUUUCUUCUCGUAUCUUUCGUAUCUCUGUUCUAUUUCAUUUAUUUUUCCUUCUACAUUUUUAUCAUUUCGUUUACCUUUUUCAUACUUUUUUUGCCCAGAAAUUUCAGGUUAGCCUCGAUCUAACCGUUGAUUACUUGUAG